CAGAACGCUGUGAAUCAUGGAAGAAAAGACAAAACAGAAAAAGAUUAUCUUGAUCGCCGUUGGUCUGGUGGCGGCUGGAGUAGUUGUUGGAGCGAUUGUUGGUGUCGUGGUUGCAUUACAGAAUUACCAGCCAAAGGAACCGGACUCUGACUCGGUACCUUCCAAGCCUCUGGCACCGUCAGCUCUGGAACUACGUCGAAUUGACUGCAUCCCAGAGGCGACAGGAGGCGUACAACAGGUUGAUGAAGAUACAUGCCGUAACCGAAGCUGCCUGUUUGAAGAGUCCGGCUUUCCGCAAAUACCGACUUGUUUCUACCCGGAAUAUGGUUACAAAGUCGUCCAGCAAACGGCGACAAAUAAUGGGUUUGAACUUGAGCUGUUCCGAGAGGACCCAUUCCCCUUUUCUGGAGGCAUUCGAACAAUAAUUUUCCGGGUAGAAGAAAGGGCAGAUAACUUACUUAGAUUAACGAUUGAUGAUCCUGCCACACAGAGAUAUAAGGUGCCUGUUCCCCUACAGCUACCUAGUGAAAGAGCCAAAAACCCCAUGUAUGAGGUGGUCGUCACAAAUCAGCCCUUCAGCUUUCAGGUCAUUAGACGGUCAACAAAAACAGUCAUAUGGGACACCAGCGUUGGAGGAUUUGUCUUUUCCGACCAGUUCAUCCAGAUUGCUACCAAACUACCAUCCAAAAAUGUGUAUGGGUUUGGAGAAAAUCUUCACCACUCUUUCCGACAUGACAUGAACCACAAGACAUGGCCUAUGUUUGCUCGUGAUCAAGGCCCAAAGAGUAAGAAUCAGAGUUCACUGUAUAGUGUUCACCCAUUUUACCAGUGUGUAGAGGGAGAUGGAAAUACACAUGGUGUCUUCCUGCUGAACAGCAAUGCCCAGGAGUAUGGUUUUACCCCAUUACCCAUGCUGACGUACAGAACCAUAGGAGGAAUUUUGGACUUUUACAUCUUUAUGGGACCAAAACCAGAGGAUGUUGUCAUACAGUAUACAAAUGUUGUGGGCAGGCCCAUCAUGCCACCUUACUGGGCACUUGGUUUUCAACUGUGUCGCUAUGGUUACAACAGUUUGGAAAACCUCCAGACAGCUGUUGAGCGAACAAAAGAUGCAGGAAUUCCUCAUGAUGUGCAGUAUGCGGACAUUGAUCACAUGGAGGACCAGAAAGACUUCACCAUUGAUAGAACAAACUUUGCCAACUUGGACAAAUACUUCAAAGAACUUCAGGGUGGUGGGAUGAGGAUAAUCAUCAUACUGGACCCAACGCUGAUCAGUAAUGAGACAGACUAUGAACCCUAUGAGAAGAUGAAGGCAAUAGAUGGUAACAUUAAAUGGCCACGAGAUUUCACUCCCCCACCACAGAGCAAUGAUUCAAAUUCUGCAAUUCUGGGAUACGUUUGGCCUGUUGGGAAAGUUGUUUUCCCUGACUUUUUCAAAAAGUCCACAAAUGAUGCCUGGAGAGAACUGAUAGUGGCUCAUCACAAGAAUUUGUCUUUUGAUGGCCUAUGGAUUGACAUGAAUGAACCUGCCAACUUUGGAACCAAUCAGGAGAGGCCUUGGAACUGGCCUGAAGAAGUGAAACCCUACUGGAGCCUCAAGUGUGGGAACAACUCCUUUGAUGAGCCCCCAUAUAGGCCAAUGUGUGCAUUUGUCCAUGAUGAACCUGGGAAACCUGAGAUCAAACUGUCAGACAAGACAAUUUGCAUGAACACAGUUCAGGGAGAGAGUGAGAUGUAUCGUCACUACGAUGUUCACAGUCUGUAUGGAUGGAGUCAGACUAGUUCAACAUUACAGGCAGUGAAGGAUGCCACGGGAAAGCGAGGAAUUGUGAUCAGUCGAUCUACGUAUGCUGGCUCUGGGAAAUAUGCUGGUCAUUGGCUGGGAGAUAAUGAAUCUCAGUGGCCAGAUCUUCACCAUUCUAUCAUUGGAAUGUUGGAGUUUAACUUGUUUGGAAUACCAUAUAUUGGAGCAGAUAUCUGUGGUUUCUUUGGUGACACAACCCCAGAGAUGUGUAAGCGGUGGAUGCAGCUGGGGGCCUUCUACACUUUCUCCAGGAACCACAAUGGCAAAGGUUAUAAAGAUCAAGAUCCAGGUAGAUUUGAAGAGGAUGUGAUCAAAGCGUCAAGGGAAGCUUUGGAGACUCGCUAUUGGCUGCUACCUUACCUGUACACCUUGUUCCACAAUGCUCAUGUCCAUGGCCACACAGUAAUUAGACCACUGCACCAUGAAUUCCCUACUGAUCAAAUGGCUUUGGGCAUUGAUAGGCAGUUCCUAUGGGGCCCUGCUUUACUCAUUUCUCCGAUUCUUGAAAUGGGCCAGAACAAACUGUCUCUUUAUCUACCAAAGGCAAAGUGGUAUAACUUUUACACAGGUGCCAUGGACUCUGAAGAAGGGGAGGAAACUCUAGAGCUGAAUAUUACACCUGACUCGAAAAUACCCCUCCAUGUACGUGGCGGCUAUAUCCUCCCCAUGCAGAAGCCUGCCAAUAACACCUAUUUCAGUCGAAUGAACCCAAUGACCUUGUUGGUUGCUCUCAACAAGGACGCAUCUGCAGAAGGAGAAAUCAUGUGGGAUGACGGAGAGGAAAUAAACACCUAUGAGAGUGGCAACAAUUACUACGCCAGGUUUGCGGCAAAGAGGAACUUUGUUCAGCUGACAAACGUUUGGAGAAAAAAUGUUCCAGAGAUUGAUAAUCUUCAUUUUGACAUGAUCAAAAUUUAUGGAGUGGAUGAGGUGGCCAAUAUUUACAUAAAUGAAGACAAAACGCCACAUGAGAACUUCACCUAUCAUGAGGAUAAAAAGGUCUUGAUGAUCCAGGAUCUUUUUCUACCUUUGGCUGAGAACUUCAAAGUCACGUGGGAUUUCGGCAAGAGGGUGGAGGAAUCUGAAGCCAGUAGGGUUGACUGUCUAUCUGAUAUCACUGAUGAGGACAAGAGACUUGCUGCUAAUGACACCUGCCUCAGUAGGGGCUGUGUAUGGGACCCAUCUCCAAACUUCAAACAGGUUCCUCCCUGCUACUUCAGCUCUAGUUAUGGUUACACAUUGACUGGUAAUGUGUCGACAAAUAUGGGAGUAAAAUACACACUGACGAAAGUUGGGGAUCAUUCCAUUUUCGGGGCUGACAUCACCAGUAUUGUCAUGGAAGUACAGAUGUACAGCAAUGAUAUGAUGAGAUUUACGUUUGACACAAAAAAUUCCGGUGAAAGGUUUAAAGUCCCAGCCGAUCUAAAUCUACCUGAUGUGCCAGCAGAAAACAAGCGUUAUAACUUUAAAGUCACCAGUCAUAAUCCAUUCAGCUUUGAGAUCAUUCGCAGAAGUACAGGCAGAAAGAUCUGGGACACCUCUGUUGGUGGACUUACAUUUGCUGAACAGUUUCUGCAAAUAGCCACUCGUCUUCCAUCCAGAAAUAUCUAUGGAAUGGGUGAAAAUCGUCACAAGUCUUUUCGCCAUGAUCUAUUCUUCAGACGUUGGGGAUUAUUUUCACGAGAUCAGCCACCAGGAUGGGGAGACAAUUAUAACUUGUAUGGAGUACAUCCGUUUUACACGUGCGUGGAAGAUGAAAACAAUGCUCAUGGUGUUCUGCUUCUUAACAGCAAUGCCCAAGAUUACUCCUUCUCCCCACUUCCAAUGCUAACAUACAGGACCAUUGGAGGCAUCUUGGAUUUCUUUGUGUUCAUGGGACCCCACCCAGAGAAUGUCAUUCAGCAAUAUACAGAGUUGAUCGGUAGACCCAUGAUGCCACCCUACUGGUCAUUAGGGUUCCAGCUAUGUCGCUAUGGUUACAAUCACAUCGACAAUUUAAGGGCUGCUGUAGAGAGAACAGUCUCAGCCAAAAUUCCACUGGACGUGCAAUAUGCGGACAUUGAUCACAUGGAUGAAAGGAAAGACUUCACCAUUGAUGAAACAAACUUUGCCAACUUGGACAAAUACUUCAAAGAACUUCAGGGUGGUGGGAUGAGGAUAAUCAUCAUACUGGACCCUGCCUUGAUAAGUAAUGUCACUGGUUAUGCCCCCUAUGAUGACAUGGCUGCUCAAGAUGCAAACAUAAAGUGGCCAGAGUUUGAUGACGACAACAACCCUUUUGUGGCACCAGAAAACAGCUCAGACCCUUACGGGGCUCUCCUGGGAUAUGUGUGGCCCAAAGGUAAAACAGUCUUUCCAGAUUUCUUCAAGAACGAAACAAAGCAGAUCUGGAAGGCGCUUAUUGUCAACCACUAUAAUAACAACUUGACUUUUGAUGGAUUGUGGAUUGAUAUGAAUGAGCCUGCCAACUUUGGGACCAAUGAAGAAAGGCCUUUUAAUUGGCCUGAAAAAGAUAAGCCCUACUGGAGUUUGAAGUGCAAUGACAGCAAAUGGGACAAGCCACCAUACAAAACAAUGGCCACGUAUGCUCAUGGUGAAAAAGCAACACUCCCUAGCAAGACGAUCUGCAUGAAUUCCGUUCAGGGACCGAAUGGCAUGUAUCGUCACUAUGAUGUUCACAGUCUUUAUGGAUGGAGUCAGACAUUGCCUACACUCCAAGGCCUUCAGCAAGCCACAGGAGAACGUGGUAUUGUAAUAUCCCGUUCCACAUUUCCGGGCAGUGGGAAGUAUGCAGGCCAUUGGCUAGGAGAUAAUGACAGUAACUGGUCCCAUCUUGCGGAUUCUAUCAUUGGUAUGCUGGAAUUCAACCUCUUUGGGAUUCCCUAUAUUGGAGCAGAUAUCUGUGGUUUCUUUGGUGACACAACCCCAGAGAUGUGUAAGCGGUGGAUGCAGCUGGGGGCCUUCUACACUUUCUCCAGGAACCACAAUGGUCUAAAUGGAAGGAGUCAAGAUCCAGCCGUUUUGGGAGAGGAUGUUAAAGAAGCAUCUCGAAUUGCUAUAGAGACCCGCUACUGGCUGCUUCCUUACCUGUACACACUCUUCCAUUAUGCUCAUGUCCAAGGAGAUACUGUUAUUCGCCCAUUGCAUCAUGAAUUUAUUUGGGAUACAGAAACAUAUGGAAUUGACAGACAGUUUUUGUGGGGGCCAGCAUUGUUAAUUUCACCAAUUUUGGAAGAGGGCCAGGAAAGGCUGUCUGUGUAUUUGCCAUUAAAAUCUCGCUGGUACGAUUUCUAUACCGGACAGAUAGCUACUGAAUGGGGUGGCCAUUCUGUUGAACUGGGGAUAGAGCCAGAUUCUAAAAUCCCACUGCAUCUACGUGGAGGUUUCAUCCUUCCAAUGCAAGAACCUGCCAACAAUACAUUUUACAGCCGUAUGAAGCCAUUUAAGCUGCGUGUGGCGCUUGAUGCCUGGAGCUCUCAGGGAGGCAAGGCUGAAGGUGACCUCUUCUGGGAUGAUGGGGUUAGCAUUGACACAAGGAGUAACAUUUACUACACUAAGUUUUUUGCAUCAGAGAUGAUGGUAGAGAUGAAGAUACAGGAUAACUCUUCGGUCGUGAAGGAUCUGUUCAUCAAUAGUAUUGAAAUAUAUGGUGUGGAUAUUUAUGUCAACAAUGUCUAUGUCAAAGUACAUAAUGAUAUGAUGGACAAAAUGAUGAAGCACAACAGCUUCUUGUAUGAUCAAGGAAAUAAGGUUUUGAAAAUAACAGAUCUACACUUGGAUUUAAAUAUGGAUUUCAGUGUUGAAUACUGGAAUCGUGACAGACCUAGCGAGGAAGAGGCCAUGAGAAUAGACUGCCUUCCUGACGGUUCCAAAAUUCAAGACUACCAAUCGGAGUGUUUGAGAAGGGGCUGUAAGUGGCAAGCGGACACCACUGCCAAUGGAGUCCCUGCCUGCUUUAUUGACAACAAUAACUAUGGCUACAGAAUGCAUAAUGUCAAUCAAACUUCAAGAACCCGUACUGUGUUUGAUCUGCGCAAGGCCCAUGCCAAUGGCUACAGCAUGUUUGGAGGAGACCGGCUCAUUAUAACCUUGACUGUGGACAUGCUUUCAGACAAUCUCAUUCGCUUAAAGUUCACCGACCCCAGUGAUCCCCACAGGUAUGAGGUCCCUGUCCCACUAAACCUGUCUCAGUCCCAGGUUACCCAGGAGAAGUUGUAUGAGAUGAACUACACCAGUGAUGGAAUCUUCAGCCUCCAAAUAUACAGGAGAUCCACAGGAACCAUACUGUUUGACACAUCCAUUGGAGGGCUAACCUUUGCCACACAGUUCCUUCAACUGGUCACCAAACUUCCAUCGUCUAAUGUGUAUGGGUUUGGUGAAAACCGCCAUUUCUCCUUCCGUCACAACAUGUAUUACAAGGAGUGGCCCAUGUUUGCCAGGGAUCAAGGAGUAGGUCACAAUGACUAUGGUAACCUUUAUGGGGUUCAUCCAUUCUUCACCUGUCUUGAGGAUAACAAAGGGAAUGCAUUUGGAGUGUUCAUUAGAAACAGCAAUGCUCAGGAGGUGUCACUGAUGCCAACCCCAGCUAUCAAUUACAGGACGACUGGAGGAAUCCUUGAUUUCUUCAUCUUCCUUGGGCCAUCUCCAGAAAAUGUCAUCCAACAGUACACUGAGCUGAUUGGGAGACCUUACAUGCCACCUUACUGGUCUCUUGGAUUUCAACUCUGUCGCUAUGGUUACAAUCACCUAGACACGCUGAAAGCUGCCUAUCAACGUACUAUCGAUGCAAAGAUCCCAUUUGAUGUGCAAUAUGCUGACAUUGAUCACAUGAAUGAGAGGAUGGACUUCACAAUUGACCCUGUGAACUUCAAUGGCCUUCCAGAGUUUGUAUCCUCUAUACAAGAUGCUGGCAUGAGAUUUAUCAUCAUUUUGGACCCAGCCCUUAUCAGCAACGUGACAGGUUAUGAGCCGUAUGAGAAAGGACUAGUACAGGAUGUAUAUAUCAAAUGGCCACCAGGAUUGAGUCCUGACUACUCAGAAUACAACAACAACAACAUGUUGGGCUAUGUUUGGCCUAAAGGAAAAACAGUUUUCCCCGACUUUCUGAAUAGCAAUACACAUCGAUAUUGGGAGAAUUUAAUUGUGGAUUGGUACAGAAAUAUCACCUUUGAUGGGUUAUGGAUUGAUAUGAAUGAGCCAGCAAACUUUGAAACAAACAUGGAGCGUCCCCAUAACUGGCCAGAAAAAGAUCGACCUUAUUGGUCAUUGAAGUGUGCUACCAAUCAAUGGGACGACCCGCCCUACAAACCAAGGUCUAUCACUGGUGACCGACUGUCUGAAAAGACCCUGUGUAUGAUUGGUGUCCAGAGUGAUGGUAACACGACAUACCGCCAUUACGAUGUCCACAGUCUGUACGGUUGGAGUGAGACUAAACCCACACUGAAUGGCCUUCGAACAGCGACAAGUAAACGUGGUAUUGUGAUAUCGCGCUCUACCUUCCCUGGGUCAGGACAAGAUGGCGGCCAUUGGCUUGGAGACAAUGAUAGUCUGUGGCCACAUAUGAAGGACUCCAUUGUCGGGAUGCUGGAAUUCAAUAUGUUUGGAAUCCCAUAUGUAGGUGCUGAUAUCUGCGGGUUUGGCAGGGAUACCACCAGGGAGAUGUGUCAGCGGUGGAUGCAGGUUGGAGCCUUCUACCCCUUCUCCAGGAACCACAAUGCCAUUGGGCAAAAGGAACAAGACCCUGGUGUCCUUGGUCCUGAGGUGGCAGACUCCUCUCGCAGGGUGAUGGAGAUUCGAUAUUGGCUUCUGCCUUACCUGUACACACUUUUCUACAAAGCUAACACUGAUGGCUCCACAGUGGUGCGAUCACUGAUGCAUCAGUACCCAACAGAUAAAAACACCUGGGAUAUAGACACACAGUUCCUGUGGGGUGCAGAUUUCAUGAUAGCUCCAAUUGUAUAUGAGGCUAAAAUGUCCAGGACUGUGUAUUUUCCGAAAGAUGUUUGGUAUGAUUUUCAUUCGGGUAAGCGGUUGAUGGUUAUGGGCUAUUACUGGCCAGUGAUUGCUCCAAUGGAUCACAUCCCACUCUAUGUUAGGGGAGGGGCAAUAAUCCCAGGGCAGCAGCCGGCUAACAACACCAAGUACAGUCGCUUGAAUCCAAUGCAGCUGUUGGUUGCUCCUGACCAGAUGGGUGAUGCAAAAGGAGACUUAUUCUGGGACGAUGGGGAAUCUAUAUAUACAACAAUAACAGGACAGUACUUCUUUGCCACAUUUGUCUAUCGUCAACAACCAACCAAUUCCACCCUGACAUCAACCAUCCAUGUUAAUGGUCAUAAUCCUGGUUUAAUGAUCAACAGAGUGAAAGUACUUGGGGUUGAUACCAAACCUGGGUCUGUUUCAAACAAUGGACAACGGCAUACCAACUUCAGAUAUUACAGUAACACAAAGACCUUGGUCAUUGAUGAAUUACAGCAGCCUGUGAAUAGUUCAGUACGGAUAGAUAUUCAGUUGUGAUCAAUAGGGAACAGUUAGGAUUCAGAAACGGUGAAGAAGGCUUCUGUGAUGAAGACCGAAGGAAAACAGUUGGUUUGGUUUGUUUGCAAAUAAUUCUGUUGUUUGCAACACAGAUAUAUAUGGUACAAGAUCUGUUUUUAGUCAUAACUGAGAAAAUCAAAGCUAGAAAAUAGCGAAUGGAGCAAGUCUACCCCUAACAACCCAAACUAAAUCAGAAGUUGUAUUUUCAUUUAAGGAUAGCUAAUGCAUAUUCCCAUGAGGAUGUGUAUCUACCAGUAUACACUGUUCAUAUUAAAACUUCAUACAUAUCAUAGAAAUGAGACUUGGCUCUGGUUGAGGCAUAUGAAAAAUUACUAAUUAUGUCCCCUGAUUAACAAGAAUGCCUCAGUGAACAUAUUUAUGGCCGCUUUUGUAAUAUUUGAUGAAAAGUGUUUAAAAAAAAAACAUUCCACAUGGGCUGCAUAGACGUGCUCUUUGGAAAUAUGACUUUAUAUGAGCUAUACCAAUUGCAUAAAUAUGAAUAUGUGUCUAAAUUGCAUAUUUAGUGGCUGAUAUAAUUCGCUGUGCAUCUCAUUAAUAUCAUCCAUUAUGUGGCAAGAGUUCUAUAUUAAAGAAGAUAUAUUAGUUUUAUCGUAGAGUGUAAUCUAAUGUAAUAACUGGUGCUAUCUUCCUCUAUGCAUUUGUCUAACAGUUUGCCUGUUUCUAAUAUUCUGCACUAUGUAUCAAAUACAGGAAAUCUAGCUUAUGAGAUCUUUCCUUUUUGUAUAGAAUUUAUGACAUAACCAACUAUAGUACAGUAUGUAUAUUAAGAAUAUAUUAAAACUGGUUGUCUUUAAUAAUUUACUUUAAUAGCCGUUUUCUUUUUUGUUUGAUUAAACUCAUGUAUUUACACACUUAUAGAUUUAUACGUUGGAGUGCUUAACGACACAACAUGACAAAACCAAGACAAAGUUGAAUUUUUUUGUGCAUGACUGAGGCCAUAGACUGUGCUCAUUGGUGCUGCAAAGAGCAUGAGCAUUCUGAUGUGAAGUCGACAAUUUCGACGCAUGAACAUAAAAUGGCUGACUAGGUCAUGUUAUAUUCCUGUACGUACCAAUAACCAGAACUACGCGAUUUAGUCAUAUUAAAAUCAAGAAAUAUUGAAUGAAGAUAUGCUUGAUGUUCAUGUAAAUGUGUGUGUUUAAAAAAAAAAAAAACACUUACGACUUUGUAACAACUGUGUUCUGUGUUUUUUUUAAUGUAUUUUUUUUGUUUUGAUGUAUUUUUAACUUCAUGAAAAAAGUUCAUCCAUGGACAUGUUGGUCUUUCUAGAGGAUACAUUUCACCCCUUCAGAAUCAUUUAACAGGCUCCGUGUUACAGUGUGACUCUCGUUGCCCCCGCCGAACUUCCUUGGUGUCAAGAAUUGUAAUUUUCCUCCACACAUUAUCCCCUAAGUGUAGUUUUCCAAGACUGCAAUUUUCGCACAAACCUCCGAAGACCUCUCAGUGGAGGUGCCAUUUAAAUUGUGAAUAUCGCUUGUUUCUUCGGCACUUGGCAAAAUGAGCUGACAUAUAUUAAAAGUACUACGUAAGACGCCAGUCAAAAAAAUUGAUACAGGUAAAUGAGAGUCGAUCAUAACGUAUCGAUACCUACACUUCUGAUGGCAAAAUUUUAAUUCUUUCCUUCAGGGUAUUUUGGACUUGCUUAGUAGCCGACAUUUAUACCAGAUCGAAUGCAUAUCACUAAUAAUGCCUUUGAUAAAGAGAUGAUGAAUCCCGACAGUAAUCUUCCCGCGAAAGACGUACACUUCCAGCAUGAUGUGAACUUGAAAUAUGUGUUAUUAUAAAAGAUAAUUUGAAAUACCAUCUCGUUCAAACUCUUUGCAAACUCAAAUUUUAACUUGACGUUUUACGUCUUACGUUUUAAGAGGAAUGCUAAGUGAAUGUUGUCUGAAAGCGGAAGGUCUUUUGCUGUAAAUCAUCCAUGCAAUGGCGCGGUAAAACUACUCCUCUUAUCGACUAUAUAAGAGGAAACAGGUGAAAAACUUCCGAGCUAACUGUUCUUGUAAUUGCUUAUAUAUAUUAGCUAAUUACACGACCCCUAGGAACAUAGUUUAAGCAGAAUAGUGUAUAUACGCAUAUAAUUGUAUGCAGUGAAUAUAUUGUUAAUUGCAAUAUAUUUGACGUCACUGGCGUGGAAUUACUCUAAAUACUGGAUUGUAAUCACAUUUAACAUACAAUCACAUUAAAACAAUGCAAAUGAAUGCUUAGUCCACCAGAAGCAUUCCAGUUUAUGGACAUGUAUGUUUUUCAUUUAUUUAUUUGACUGUUG